GGGCCCCUCACGCAGAUCUGCGGUACGCUCGUGCGCACUGCAACCACUCAGACAGGCGUGAUGUAAACGUGAAGCUUCAGUUCAAAUAGUGCAGCUGGAGCUGAGGGGGGACAGAGACACAUCGGACACACGGCAGCAUGGAUGGACACGGGGGCGAGCACGAGAACGUGGACGUGCACGCGGGGAAAGGAGACCUCCAGCACAGGGUGUUUGUUAACAAGAGUGUGAACCUGGAGAAAAUAAAGUGCUAUGGCUUUGACAUGGACUAUACUCUUGCUGUAUACAAAUCUCCUGAAUAUGAAGGACUGGGUUUUGAGAUGCUGAGAGACAGACUGGUGUCCAUCGGCUAUCCACACGAGCUGCUGCGCUACACGUACGACCCCACCUUCCCCACACGAGGUUUGGUGUAUGACACGACCUACGGAAAUCUGCUAAAAGUGGACUCGCAUGGAAACGUCCUGGUGUGCACACAUGGCUUUGUUUACCUGAAAGGACAGGAGAUUCAGGAGUACUACCCCAACGGAUUCAUCCAGAGAGAUGACACGGAGCGAUUCUACAUCCUCAACACACUCUUUAACCUCUCAGAGACGUACCUGUACGCAUGCCUCGUGGACUUCUUUACCAACACCACCAGAUACGAGAACUGCCAGAAGGGAUUUAAGCACGGUGACCUUUUCAUGUCAUUCAAAAGCAUGUUUCAGGACGUGCGAGACGCAAUGAAUUACAUACAUGACACGGGCUCUCUGAAGGAGAGAACACUGCAGAAUCUGGAAAAAUAUGUGAUCAGGGAUCCUCGAAUUCCCCUGAUGCUGACCCACAUAAAGAAGGUUGCAAAGGUGUUCCUGGCCACCAACAGUGACUACAACUACACCGAGGCCAUCAUGAAGUAUUUGUUAGAUUUUCCACCUGGUUCGAAGUACCCAGAAAAGUCAUGGCGGGUGUUUUUUGACCUGGUGGUGGUGGACACAAGGAAGCCGCUGUUUUUUGCUGGGGGGACGGUGCUGAGACAGGUGGACACGAACACGGGGAAGCUGAAGAUAGGAACGUACACAGGAGACCUGCAGCACGACACUGUCUACUCUGGAGGUUCCUCAGAUAUCAUCUGUGACUUGCUGGACGUGAAGGGGAAAGAGAUCCUCUACGUGGGAGACCACAUAUUCGGGGAUAUUCUGAAGUCUAAGAAGCGUCAGGGUUGGAAAACCUUCCUGGUGGUGCCUGAGCUGACCAAGGAGCUCCAGGUGUGGACGGACAAACAUGGAAUGUUUGAGGAGCUGAGGCAGCUGGAUAUUUACCUCGCUGAGCUACAUAAGGAUUCAGACUUCGGAAGUGGAUCAGAUGUUAAUCUCAUCCAGAGCAAGGUGAAGAUGGUGACCUAUGGGAUGGAGCUGUGUUAUGGAAAGAUGGGAAGUCUGCUACGCUGUGGCUCCACAAAAACCCUGUUUGCCAGCCAGCUGCUGCGAUACGCCGACCUCUACGCUGCGUCCUGCCUCGACCUGCUGCACUACCCCCUCGGCUACCUGUUCAGAGCGCCCUUCGUCCUGAUGCCCCAUGAGUCGGCUGCGGACCCUCACACCAAAGACCUGUCUGUCCCGGAUCUCUCAGCCAUCCUCCGAAACACAUCCAUCAAGAGGCGUUGUCAGUGUGAAGGUGAGAGCUGUGGGCUGGAGAACUGUGAACAGAACAGGAGAACGCAGCCGUAACUGUGGAGACGAGAGCGGCAGUGUUUUCAUUUGAAUGCCUGUACAUUGAAUUUUUCAGUUGGCUUAGAGUUGACUGUUAAACCCAGAGAAGCCACGCAAUAAACUGCACCUUCUCACCUUAUAGGAAUACUUUACACAAAAAUGCUAAUUAAACCUAGUAGAAGUGAACGUAUUAGCAGUUAAAUACCGCUGUUGUAACUGGCCACUGUUGGACAUUAGUAAUGAUGAGUUCUUUUGAAGGAUGAACUCUUCCUUUGAGCUCUUUAAAUGAUUUUUGUACAGUAAUUUGCCUGCUUGAAUGUGAAGAUUUUAACCUUUUGAUGAGCAAAGCAUUUAAAAUGUCACAUGAUGGACAGUUCAUGUUAUGUCGAAAUUGGAUUAUUUUCAUAUAACAGCACAGCCCACAGUGAUUUACAGCGCUAACAAUUUUUUAAAUUUAUUAAUGAAUGACAUUUUUGCUUUUUUUUUUUUUUUUUUUAAAUGUUUAGAGUUACAUUUUAAUGUUAUGGAACGUCUGUGAGACACGUUAGUUCCUGUUAUAGCAGCUACAAACAGUUACCGAGAAAAACCUGAAAGCACAAACACCUCAGUCUUUGUGAUAGAAACCUACUGACUGUUACAAAGCACUGUUACAAAGCACUGACACUGGAGACUCCUUCAGUGAAUGUUAAACAUCCUCUAACAGAAAACUUCACUAUAUCAUUGUUGCUAUAGAAACAGUAGCGGAUUAGAAUAGAAAAAAAAAGAAUAGUGUAGUUUAUGCAUCUAGCUUAAAUUUGGUUAACCAUAUAUAUUGUGCCGUGGUGUGUGUUGCCAUAGAAACUAUUAUUUAUCACAUCCAAGAAGACAUAUUGUCAUUGUGACAUGGUGUGAUCGCACUCUCAGUUACAGUCUGUUACAAUAUACAUCAAAUACUAAUAUUCAGUUCUUAUAGCAUGUCCAAAUGGAGCUUGUGAAUUUUUUUUCAACAUAGCGAAAUGAAGACAUGAUUAGCUCACAAUUCAAAUGGUUACAGUUGUUACAACACAGUUGCUUGGAAAAUGUGAAUGCAGAGCGUUAGCUAGCUAAUGACUGAAGCUGGAGAUUUAGCAAGCUAGCAUGCUGCUGUUCAGUUGUUUAUACAGACAGUAUAAAGGCGGAAUGACAGAAAUGUCAGAUUUGCGUAUGUGAAAAGCACAAAUGUAUCACACAUACAUGUUCAUGUCGUCUUUUCGUAAUCACAAUCCUUUAUGAAUGUAGACUUCUCUCUUUGUAAUAAACCUUAGUAAAGACAACACCAUUGCGGAUUUAGCUUGUGGUAAAGUGCCAUGUUCUGUGAUUAGGUCCUGUCCUUCUGAACAAAAUGCACUCUCAUGAAAAAAGGGUACUAUUCCUUGUCGCUGGAGUGAUACCAUUAAGCGUACAACCUUUGUACCCUUAGCAUGUAUCUUUUCGAAACAAAGGUGAAUGUAUUGGACCUUUAAAGCAUCACAGCCCAUUAAUGUACCUUAAAUCAUUUUUAAAAGGUACAACAGGUGAAAGACAUACAUUAAAAGGUACACAAGAUGAUGGUACCACCACAGUGACAAAGAAAAGUACAUAUAGUGUAUUAAUAAAUGUGUUUCCAUUUGCAGUAGUCAUGUAUUUUCACUCUGUGCUGUGAUCACUCUGAUUGAUCGUAGACGAUUUCUGUGCAAUGAUUCGACAAACACAAAUCAGUUUAUGUCAAUAACACAGAAUGAUCUUUAUCAACACUUCAGCAAAGGGGUCAUAAGAUAUCAUAAUUAUAAUAUUCCCAUUAUAUAUAGUAUAUUUCAUCCAGUAGUCACCUUUAAAACAACAUUCUUCGUAUCGAGGAUGGAGGAUGAGCACUGUGACACUUAUCUCAGGUUCAGGGUGUUAUUAGGGGAAUAUGGUGUGUGAGAGCAGGAAACACACUGAACUGUGCAGUGUGUGGGGCGUUUAUGAACCCCUGCUUUAAGAACACUGAGAUUUACACUGAGAUAAACUAUAUGUUAACUCAAAGACACACCCAUCAAAUGUUACUGAAUAACCGUAGAUUUAUAACUGCACUCAGAGAUUUUCUUGUUAACUGAGCUAGCGUUAGAGGUGUAGAUUUAGCUUCUUUUUUUUUUUUAGCACAUUUAUAAAUAAGACUGAAAAAUCCUCUCAGAAAUCUAACAAUAUAUAAGAUUUAAGCCUUUAAGACACACCCACCCAAAGCUGCUCUUAACUACAUAUACAGAUUCAAAGACACACCCACAUUCCUAAAGUUACACCUUUUAUGGUCUAUAAUCAGCAAAACCUGUCUACUUCUUGAUCCAUUGCUUGUGAUGUGACCACAGGUCUUUGAAAGGCAUUAUAGAGAUGAACUAUUAUUAUUAUUAUUAUUAUUAUUAUUAUUAUGAAGAAGAGUCUCAGGAUUUUUUCAUGUUUAGAAGUGUAGCAUUUCAUGUAUCAUAUAAUCUUAUGUAUUAAAACAAUGUUACGACUUUAUUGAAAGCAACUCAUUUGUGUGUUUUUACCGCCUAUGUUCCCUGUUAAAGAAUUUUAUUUCUGAAAAAUUGUGUUAUUGCACUAUCCAGAGUUUAAUAAAAAUGUGUUUUGAUCCUA